AUGGAGGAGGCGGCGGCGGCGGCGCUGGGGGCGGCCGGCGGCGGCUUCCGCCCCGGGGUGGACAACCUGGACGAGCCGCCCAACAGCCGCGUGUUCCUGGUGAUCAGCAAGAGCACGCCCGAGUCGGUGCUGCGGGACCGCUUCUCGGCCUUCGGGGACAUCCAGGACAUCUGGGUGGUGCGCGACAAGCACACCAAGGAGUCCAAGGGCAUCGCCUUCGUCAAGUUCGCGCGCAGCUCGCAGGCCUGCCGCGCCAUGGAGGAGAUGCACGGACAGUGCCUCGGGCCCAACGACGCCAAGCCCAUCAAGGUAUUCAUUGCCCAGUCACGGUCAUCCGGGAGCCACCGAGAUGUUGAAGACGAAGAACUCACCAGAAUCUUUGUAAUGAUCCCGAAGGCCUACACCGAAGAAGAUCUGAGAGACAAGUUUAAGGUAUAUGGAGACAUUGAAUAUUGCAGCAUUAUCAAGAAUAAAAACACAGGAGAAAGUAAAGGUUUAGGCUACGUGAGAUAUUUAAAGCCAUCCCAGGCUGCCUUGGCGAUAGAAAACUGUGAUCGAAGUUAUAGGGCGAUCCUGGCGGAGCCCAAAAAUAAGGCAACUGAAGCCUCCGAUCAGGACUACUACAGCAGUAUGAGGCAGGAGACAUUGGGACACGAGCAGAGAGUCAGUAUGUUUCCCUUCGAAGAACAGACGGAAUUUUGCAACUUUGAAAAAAACGAGACCAGAGGCCAAGAGUCUGUCUCCAAACGCUUGUCAGUAGUAUCGCGAGUUCCUUUCACCCAAGAGCAGCUCUUCGGCCUUUUUGAUAUAAUCCCGGGCCUGGAGUAUUGUGAAAUCCAACGAGACCCCUACUCCAACUACGGUCACGGUGUGGUUCAGUAUUUUAACGUAGCGUCAGCUAUAUAUGCUAAAUACAAAUUACAUGGGUUUCAGUACCCUCCCGGAAAUCGAAUAGGGGUCUCCUUCUUGGAAGAUGGGACAAACGGAUCAGAACUCCUUAGAAAAAUGGCAACUCAGAUGGUCGCAGCACAGCUGGCAUCAGUGGUGUGGAACAAUCCUGGACAACAGCAGUUUAUGAUGCCUUCACCUUACGGAGGGUCUUCUAGCACUCAGUUACCGAUCCAGACAGAUGUUGUGCUUCCGUCGUGCAAAAAGAAAGCUCUCCCCGACACUACUGUGAAGGAAAGACUCUUCGUUGUGUUUAAUCCUCAUCCCUUACCUUUAGAUGUAUUGGAAGAUAUAUUCUGUCGUUUUGGCAAUCUUAUUGAAGUCUACCUUGUGUCUGGAAAAAAUGUGGGGUAUGUUAAGUAUGCAGAGAGAUCAAGUGCUAAUGAUGCCAUAGCUGCUUUACAUGGAAAGAUCCUGAAUGGUGUCAGGCUAAAAGUUAUGCUGGCAGAGUCACCAAGAGAAGAAUCUAACAAACGGCAAAGAACUUACUGAACCUGUGGGAAUUUAGGAGUUCGCAGUUUAAAAAAAAAUAAAUAAAAAGACUUCAGGCUGGAAUUUGGCCUACAGAGCCACAGUCCAGAUGGAUAAACUUUAUUAUGCAGUUCCUAAAAACUCUUUUUAUUGUCUUUUUCAAAGAAGUUUACUGGUUUGAUUUAAUUUUUUUUUUUUUUGCACUUUGUAAUUUAUGGACAUUCCAUUUGGAAAAUGAGUUGAGCAAAUGUUCUCUUUGUGUUUUGUGUUUUUUUUAAAAUAAAAAAAAAAAUCUAGCCGUUAAGACUUGAACUUUUUUUUUGUUUUUGUUUAAACUUACAAAGUGGAAGCCCCCUAACUGUCCAAAGUACACUUAGUUCUGCCAGAGCGCAUGUUUCCUCCCUGCGAUUUGGCUAGAACGAGGCAGCAGAAUUAGGGAACCUUCUUUCGACAACGCGAGCCUGUCUGGAUACAGCGCCACGCGGUGUCGGAAGAAACGGUUGUACGUUGGGGCGCGGCGUCUGACACAGUGAGUAUCGCAGUGUGAGCUUCCCUGUUGUCGGUCCGGGGGCUCGCCUCACCGGGGGUGUACAAAAGUCAACGGUCUGGGAUGGGCAGGUGGGUCCUUUGAAUAAGACUGCUGAAGCUGUUGGUAUCUCAUAAAUGUUUUCAGGGCGUGUUUUCAGGAUUUCCAUCCUCAGACUAGCGAAAGGUCCUGGCAUCGAGGGUCAAAUAAUUAUCGUAUCUCAGGGCGAUGCGUUGGUGUGCAUCUGUUAAAUGGCAGCUUAGUCACCCGGUGCUUCGCAGAGUACUAGGCGCAUGUUAAGAAAUCCAACUGGAUGUGAAAUGCAUUGAGAAAUCUCCUGAUAGAUUUUUUUUUUUUUUAAACAAAAAUACCCAGCAGUUUAAGGCACUAAACAUCCCAGUCGGUUUAGUAAUUCUUCGUAAAUGGGAAGGAAGGUUGUUUCUGAAGCUUCCACUCCAGCCCGGCCCUUACCGUGAUCUCCGGCUGGGCUGCUGAACGUCCCGGCCCACUGGUCACCCCCCGUUUCCCCUUGCCUUUUCCCUUGCCUCCCUAUUUCGGGGCUCCCGACCAGGGCGGAGAAGAGGGAGUGAGGGAAUGGUCCUGACAGUCCAGCGGAUGAAAGUUCCCACAUACCGGCUGGGUCUAAAGUUCCAGCAACUCACAGUGCAGCUCCGGGUCCUGAGCUGAUGGUAAACGACGUUAGACCUGGCCAUGGUUUAGAUUGGAUUUGGCCAGGUUACAGGAUUUCAGCCCACAUAAGGCCGUAGCCCACUUUCCAAUUGUAAUUCUUCUUUUCCUGUCCUAAUACAGGUGAGACAAUUUAUAAAAAUUUUUAAUUUAUAAAAAUCCCCCCUCCGCCCCCUGCCCGAAAAAAAUUGUUAUAACAGGGCUCGUGAAAAUCAAAGACGAUUACCUAUUCAGGUACACUCAAUUUUGUCAUAAUGUGGCUUUUCACUAGGGCUUUGGGCUAGAGUGCUGUUAGGAAAUUAGGCAGCGCUUUUUUGAUAAACCAAACCUGUCUGGAUAAUAGCAUAUGCGAUAGAAGAAAUGGGGUGCACAGGCAAGUGACAUUGACAUUUAUGAGUACUAGACUGUGAAUUUUUCUUAAUGCGGGGUUUUGCAAGCAUAUAGUCCCAACAUUCAAGGAGAGUGGGAUGUGUUGGAUUAUAAUACUGCCUUUGUCCUCUCUCACUUUAAAUCAUUUUUGUUAUAUUGAGGAUUCAUGUAAGCCUUUUGAAGAUAGGGUUUGUGUCUGCCAAAUCUUGUGUAUUGUAUCUCCCAAGUGCUUAGAACAGUGCUCUGCCCAGACUAAGAGCUCAAUAAAUGCUAUUAAUGGAUUGAACAGUUUUUCCGAAUAUAUGCUAUCUUUUCAUCAAACUUGAUUAUGGAAUUGAUAUCCAAGGUAUAUUGGGUGAAAAAAAAAUCCGCAUCCAGUGUUUUAAACUCAAACAGAGCUCUUCUGUGGCAGAAGAUAAUUUCCUGGGAUAAAGGAGUAAGAUGCACAUUCUUUUUCCGGCAGUUGAGGAUUUUUAUAUUCUUCUGGAUGGGUGGUCCUAAAAAUAUAAACCAGUUGUUUUUUCUGUAAUUGAAAUAUAUGUAUCCAGGGCAAGGGCAGUGAAAUUUUUGAGGCUGAUUGAAGAUGCGGCGGUUUUGAUGAGAAAUGUCCUAAAUCUGUACUAACUACCCUUAUUUAGAAGUUCUUCUGUCUUCGGGAGAAAUAAGCAGUUUUCACCAACCCUUGCUUGCAGGAAUAACACCUUAAUUUGUGAUUAAACUGAAAUAUAAAUGUAUGGAAAACUGUUCACAUCUCUAGGAGAUUUUUUUUUUAAAUAAAGGGAAGGACUGCAGUUUUACCUUCUGGAGAUUAGCAUCGAAUUAUGCAUUGCCCAGAAACAAACAUUCUUGUUUAUUUUUCAGUGAUUUCAGCUAACACGUUGAAAGCAGUUUGGCCAAUUUGUAAGCUUGCUCUUUUAUACAAAGGCUCCAUCCUCUGUCUAGUACAGGAAAGUGGAUUGUUUCAGAACAGCUCAUUUGGAGGAAAGAAAACGGGCAACUUCAAGAUCAUGUAUCUUCUGGAGAUGUGAAACAGCUAAUUAGUUCUUUGGUUGUAUUUAAUGAAGCAUCAUUAAUGUCUUUUACUAGGCACUCGGAGUUUGUGGGUCCAUCCAUUGAGUAAAUUGACAUUUUUUUGAACCCACUAUCUUUAUUAUGAAUCAUUUGAACUGGGUUGUCAAACAAUCAAUUGAUCCAUGGUAUUGGAACACAGGCCUGAGAGUCAGAGGACCUGGGUUCAAAUCUCAGCUCUG